UAGUAUUUUUUUAUAUUAGCUAUAAUAGUGAUUUACUUUACAAAAUGUGGUUAAAAACCUCAUUAAAUUUGCUAUUUUAUUUCGUGUUAUGCCAUGGAAGUAAAGAAUUUCGUCUCGGUAGAAGUAAAAAUGGUAACCUAGGUGUUCCCGGUGAAUAUUCUGGUGAAAAAGUACCACCUGCGCAGUGGUUCAAGCAAAAGUUAGACCAUUUUAGUCCCACUGAUUUACGUAGUUGGAAGCAGCGAUAUUAUAUCAACGACAGCUUUUAUGACUAUAAAAAUCCUGGUCCUAUAUUUCUAAUGAUUGGCGGUGAAGGACCUGCCGAUCCCAGAUGGAUGGUAAAGGGAGCUUGGAUUGAUUAUGCAAAAAAAUUCAAUGCUCUCUGUAUCAAUUUAGAACACCGAUAUUAUGGAGCUAGUCAUCCCACUGAAGACUUGAGCACGAAAAACUUGCAAUACUUAUCAUCAGCACAGGCAUUAGCAGAUUUGGCAAAUUUCAUAACGGCUAUGAAUGAUAAGCUCAAGUUAAAUCGUGAGGUGAAAUGGGUGGCAUUUGGUGGUUCUUACCCGGGAUCAUUGGCUGCUUGGCUAAGAAUGAAGUAUCCUCAUUUGGUGCAUGCUUCAGUUUCAUCAAGUGGACCAUUGCUUGCAAAAGUUAAUUUUAUGGAAUACUUUGAAGUUGUAGUAAAUGCUCUUCGUGAAAAGACUGGCAGUGAGGAUUGUGUCAACCAAUUGCGUAAUGCUCAUGCACAGAUAGAAGGGUUAAUUAAAACACAGCCAGAAGAGAUUGAAAAUGAAUUCAGAACUUGCAUGCCCUUUUCAAAGGCAACGGAGAAUGAUAUGAAAAAUUUCUUCAAUUCAAUAGCUGAUGAUUUUGCUGACCUUGUACAAUAUAAUGAGGACAAUCGUAUUAGUGCUGAUACUAAGUACAGAAAUAUCACCAUCAAUUCUGUGUGCAAGUUGUUAACAGAGCCGGGUGAUGAAGCUCCAUACAAACGUUUAGCUGCCUUCAAUUCUAUUAUGUUGAACAAAUCGAAUCAAACUUGUUUGGACUACAGCUAUAAUAAUAUGAUUAAUGAUUUAAGGAACACCAGUUUAAGUUCCGAAGGAGGUCGUCAAUGGAUGUAUCAAACUUGCACCGAGUUUGGUUUUUAUCAAACAUCCUCAGGAGAAGUUAAUAUAUUUGGUGAUCAUUUUAAAUUGGACUUCUUUGUGCAACAGUGUCAAGAUGUUUUUGGUAAAAAGUUUAACAAAGAAUUCAUAGAGAAUGCAGCUGAAUGGAGCAACAGUUAUUACGGUGGACUAGAUAUAGCUGUGGAUAGAGUUGUGUUUGUCCAUGGUUCAGUUGAUCCGUGGCAUGCUCUUGGUAUCACCACCACAAAAGAUAAUAAUGCACCAGCUAUUUAUAUACAUGGUACUGCUCAUUGUGCUAACAUGUAUCCGGCAAGUGAGAAUGAUCUACCUCAACUGACGGAGGCGAGAGUUGAAAUACAACAAUACCUUGAUACAUGGCUGUCACAACCUUAAACUUUUAUUAUAUAAUACUUUUUAUAUUUUCUAGGUAG